GAGACAAGGCAGUGAAAUAAUAACACAUAUUGCGUGAUGUAUUUACUUGCCUUAAAAAUAAUACUAUUGGCUUGAUAGUUUCAAUAAAUAGCUGUACAAAUUGCUAAUAAACAAAUAAAAAAAGUAUAAAAACAAGUGAGUGAUUAGUCAUUAGACCAAAAAAGUAAAACAAGUUGCAACAAAACAAUAUAAUUAAUAAAAAAUAAAUAUAAUAAAGUAAAAAGACAAAGAAACAAAUCAAUUAAUUUAAUUAAUUAAUUUAUUUAUUUAUACUACAUAAAUAGUAUUGACAAAAGAAAAAUACAAUUAAAAAAUUAGUGCACCAAAAAGUGUCUAUUUGUGUAUUAGAAAAAUAAUUAAAAAAUGGUUCUAAGUAAACAUGCAAGACAUUAUCGACGAGGCAUAUCAUUAACAAGACGUGUUGCAGAUACAUUAACAACAAGUCCCACUAAUGGUACUGAUAAUUUACGUAAAAUAUUGACAAAAUCAAAAAGUACCAUGCAAAAUAUGCAAAAUCAAUCGAAAUUAUUCGGACAAUUCAAGGCUCAUCUUGGAAAAUUUGAGUAUAAUAAACAAUUACAGCUUGUUGUCAAUAAAUAUUGGACAAAUAUUGUGCAAAAAAUUACUUAUCCUGGUUUGGAAAGUAUCAGAACAUUUUCAGGUGAUGAUAGUAUUAACAAUAAAAAAAUCCAAAUAGAUCAGGAUGAUAAAAUUGAACUAGAUAAAAAUGUACAAAACUCAUCUAAAAUUGAUCAAGAAAAUAAAACGACAAUAGCAAUUCAAUCAUCAUCAUCAAAUAAAAAUGUAUUAAAUGAUGCAACAACAACAAUAACAACAUCAGCUCCAAAUUCAACUUUAUCAAAUCAAAUGUAUCAAAAUACAAGAGAUUCAAUAAUGGCACUUCCACAAGUAUUUAAUGAUUUAAUUAUUAAAUUAACUGAUAAUGGAAAUAAAGAAUCAUCAUCAACAACAAACACUGUACCAAAAUGGAAAACAAAUAUUAUUAAUCAAAUUAAUGAUGAAAAUAAUAUAAAUAAAAAUAUAUCAGAAAAUAGUAUUGUAUCAAGAACAAAACAUGUAUUAAAUAGUAUUGUAACUGCUGAAUCAUUAUCAUCAAAAGCCAAAAGAAUUGAAGAUUUUUUAUCUCACAUUGAUCAGUAUCCUGAGGCAAGACAUCAUGCAAUUAAAGAAGGAGCUAUUAGAAUUUUCCUCAAGGCUCGUCAAAAAACCAACAAUAAAGAAAUUCAAGCUGGAAUUAGAGAGGGUCUAGCAGUCUUGGGAUAUAUUGAACCUGUCUCACGUCGUGGUAUAAGAAUUUUGUCAAUUGAUGGUGGUGGUAUGAGAGGUCUUUUGGUAUUAGAAAUGUUGAAGAAACUUGAAGAGUUAACUGGACAAAAAGUACAUGAAAUGUUUGACUACAUGUGUGGUGUCAGUACUGGAGCAAUUUUAUCAGCAACAUUUGCUUUUGAUAAGGAAAUUUUUAUAAAUGGUGGACACAAGAAAAAAUCAUUAAAUGAAAUAUCUGAAGUUUACAAAGAAUUAAGUACAAAAAUAUUUACUCAAGGUGCUUUAAAAGGUACCAGUAAUCUUGUUUGGAGUCAUGCUUAUUAUGACACAGCAUUGUUGGAGGAAUUAUUGCAAGAACAUUUGGGAGACAAAGAUUUAAUAAAAACAUUACGUGAUCCAAAUUCACCAAAGUUUUCAGCAAUUGCAUCAAUAUUUGAUCAUGUUCAUACAAUGGCAUAUAUAUUUAGAAAUUAUACAUUGCCAGCAAGUGUUGAAAGUCAAUAUAUGGGAUCACAUAGACAUAAACUUUGGGAAGCAGUUAGAGCAUCAGCAGCAGCACCAACAUAUUUUGAAGAAUUUAAACAUGGUAAUUUUGUAUUAUCUGAUGGUGGAAUUAUGGUUAAUAAUCCAUGUGCUGUUGCAAUACAUGAAGCUAAAUUAUUAUGGCCAAAUACACCAAUCCAAUGUGUUGUAUCAUUUGGUACUGGUAGAAUACCACCAAAUAUUUAUGAUCCAAAUCGUCCAUCAUCAAAUGAAACACUUUCUUCAACAAGUUGGAAAGAUAAAUUUUCAAAAAUAUUAGCUAGUGCAACUGACACUGAGGGUGUACAUAUUAUGUUAAAUGAUCUUUUGCCAGAUCAUGUUUACUACAGAUUUAAUCCAUAUAUUUCUGAAAUGAUUACAAUGGAAGAAAAAAGAGCUGAAAAAUUAGCACAACUUGAGCAAGAUGCUCGAAUGUAUAUUAGAAAAAAUGAAGAUAAAUUUAUUCAAGCAGCAAUUGCAUUAAAUCAAAAUAAACGUUUAUCACAAAAAAUUUUAGAUUGGAUUGAGGAAAAAAGACAUCUUCAUGGUUUUAAUUAAUAAUUAAUAAUUAAUAAUUUUUAUUACAAUAUUACAGUUGUCUUGUCUUAUUAAAUUUUAUAUUAUAUAUAUUUGACUGUGAUAUCCCAUGAAUUUUGAUUUUUUCACUGUGUGAUUUUGGUUUUUUAUGUUUACGAUAAAUAAAUAUCUGUAUGUGAAAUGUCA